AUGAAUGAUGUAGACGAGAUUUUGGACUUUGAUGACAACGUCGAUUUCAGUUUUACUGAAGAUCCUCAAGCUACUGACUCCAAUCUAUUGGAAGGCGAUGGCUUAUUUGACAUUGAUGCUGAAAUGAGCAUUGCGACAGGUGGACAGCGAGCUGAAGAGAAAUUAAGUGCAGAAGAGGAAAACAAAGAAGUUUCAGAGUUAAUUGAUAACAAAUCGUCUGGAAAAAGCGAGCUAGACAAUAAUUCAACCUUAGCGCAGCAAAAAGAUCAAGAGGAACUUAAAUAUGGCGAAAUUGAAGAUUUUGACAUGGAUGAUCCUGACUUCCUUAAGGAAUAUGGGGAAAUUAAUGGCGAUGAUGUGGCUAUUGAGGAUGACGAAUUCUGGAAAGAGUUGGGAUUAGACCCACCAAAUGAGGUAGUAAAAGUGGACAAUGAGAGAACUGCCGAGAAGUCUGAGACUACAGAAAAAUUUGACACGAACGAUGCAAAUAUUUCUAAGACAGCUCCAAAAGAAAACACUCCAAAAAGGUCAUCAUCACAAUCGGAUGCUGUUAAAAUCAAUAGCGCGAAAUCAGAUAUUUCUAUCAAUAAAUCUGUUAAAGGAACUGUAAAAUCUCCCGAGAAAGAAGAUGGUGAAAUAAGUAAUCAAAAUAAUAUUCAGCAACAAAAUUUACAAAAUUAUAGAGGACGUGGUAAUCGAAGAAAUAAUGACUGGCGUCCGAUUAAUAAUAGUAAUUCGUUUUUAAAUAACAACAUGUCAUCUUUUCGAUCAGGAUUUGGUCCUGGAUUGGAAGGAAUGCCUGGGUAA